ACUAUUUCAAUUCUGAGUCAGAUAAUUGGCACAAAUGUUACAGUAAGGUACAGAAUCUGUGAGCGUCAGACACACGGAGAUUGCGUGAUUCAGUUUCAGAUUAAAAAGAUCACGGAGCAAAAUAUCAGGCGACAUGGAUGAAUUUUCGCUUACUGAUGCCCUGCCUGAUUCUGCAAAGACAAACAAGGCAAAUGGUACAAAACCAGGUCAGCAACCACAGCCAGGAUGGCCAGGAACUAAUUCAUGGAACAGCAUUCCAAGUGCUCCGCCAGCUACAUCAUCCAUGACACCAAGUGCACCUGCAUCUAAUGCAACUUAUGGAACAGGAUCAGCUGGACUCUAUCCAUCAGCCACUGCAUCAGCAGGCCCAUAUCCUUCAGCUCCUGGCUCAGCAGGAUCGUUUCCCACAGCACCUGGAUCAAUGGGUCCGUAUUCAUCAACUUCUGGUUCAGGUGGGCCAUAUUCUGCAACUGCUGGAUCCACAGGACCAUACUCUGCAACCGCUGGAGUCGGUGGACCUUAUUCAACUCCUGGAGCACCUGGACCAUACUCUUCAACUUCUGGAGCCACUGGGCCUUACCCCACAACUAGUAGCUCCACAGGGCCAUAUUCUUCAACUGCUAGCUCUACAGGACCAUACUCUACAACUGCUGGCUCCACUACACCUUACCCAGUAGGUGCUGGUUCUGUUGGCCCCUAUUCUGGCACUGCUGGCUCAACUGGUCCUUACAGUGGUGGUGCUGGCUCAACUGGCCCAUACUCUGGGGCUGCUGGCUCAACUGGCCCAUACUCUGGGGCUGCUGGCUCAACUGGUCCAUACUCUGGGGCUGCUGGCUCAACUGGUCCGUACUCUGGGGCUGCUGGCUCAACUGGUCCGUACUCUGGGGCUGCUGGCUCCACGGGUCCGUACUCUGGGGCUGCUGGCUCCACGGGUCCGUACUCUGGGGCUGCUGGCUCCACGGGUCCGUACUCUGGGGCUGCUGGCUCCACGGGUCCGUACUCUGGGGCUGCUGGCUCCACGGGUCCGUACUCUGGGGCUGCUGGCUCCACGGGUCCAUACUCUGGGGCUGCUGGCUCCACGGGUCCAUACUCUGGUGGUACAGCAGCUGGAGCCUCUGGGCAGUAUCCUCCAUCUGGCACUGGCUCCACUGGCCCAUACACUGGUGGUGCUACAGCUGGUGCCUCUGGGCAGUAUCCCCCAACUGGACCUGCACCUGGUGGACCUUAUCCAUCUCAGAGUGGGACUCCUAGUACUGUACCUAGUGGGCCACAGUCUGGUUCAGCAGUGCCAUACCCUUCAGGGCCAUAUUCUACCCCUGGUAUGCCAUACCAAACACCUGGUGGUCAGUCUGGGCCUGCAUCUGGUGGACCAUGGGGGUCUACACCUUCUGCAUCAUGGGGAGCAACCCCACCUGGACCUUUUGCUACAGCUGGUAUGCCUUUUCCACCUCCAGGCCCUUAUGGUGUCCCUGCCUUACCUCAUGGAUCCUGGGGUCCUAUACCUUCUGGUUCUUGGGGUGCUGCAUCUUCAGGACCUUAUUCUGCUGGACAGUAUCCACCUAAUAAUCCAUAUUCAGUGCCAGCUGGAUCAACCUUUCCAUAUGGUGGGCAGUCUGGAUCAUUUUCUCCUGCAGUGCCUGGGGGAUCACUUCCUGUACCUUACGAGUAUCCAUUGCAAACUGGUGUUCAUCCACGCUUAACAAUAACGAUCAAUGGUGAAGUUAAACAGAACCCGGAGAGGCCCCUGGUAUCUCUGUAUAAAGUUUCUGCUAAGGUAAUGCAUGAUUCCGAACAUAUAUAUAUUGUACAUUUUUAUGCUUCAGUAUAUUGUUAACUCUCCU